CGACCACCAAACGAGCCCUUCUUCUCAUUCUACUCUUCGUCAUACUCACAAUGAAUCGUCUACCGACACUCGAUCCUCAUGUUCUCACAAUCGCAGAUCUAAAAGAGGCAGCAUGUCGUGAUAUGCCGACAAUGUAUAGAGACUACUAUAAUGAAGGAGCCAUGGACUUGAUCACACUCAAAGACAAUGAGGAAGCCUUUAACCGCUAUAAGAUCCGACCUCGAGUACUCGUCAACGUAGCCAAUAUCAAUCUCGAAACUGAGAUGUUUGGUGUAAAGACUGCAGCACCUUUCGGUUUCAGUCCAGCAGCUAUGCAUGGAUUGGCCCACCCCGAUGGUGAGCUUGCGACCUCCCGAGCUGCAGCGAAAGCCAAUAUCUGUAUGGGUCUGUCAGUCUUUGCAACGCAAGGUCUUGAAGCUGUGAUUGCAAAAAACAACGGCAAUCCUUACUUCAUGCAUAUAUCGAUGAUCAAGGAUAAAGUAGCGUGUGCGAGCACCAUCAGACGUGCUGAGGCGGCUGGAUACAAAGCAAUCUUUCUCUCCGUGGACGUACCAGUGCUAGGUCAAAGAUUGAACGAGCAUAAGAAUAAAUUCGAGCUACCAGAAGGGCUCAAGUGGCCGAACCUUACCGCUGUGGGCGAUGGCCUUGAAUAUGAUGCCACGAUCGAGUGGCACACCGCGAUACCAUGGAUGCGCUCCCAGACCAAACUAGAGAUCUGGCUCAAAGGUGUCGCUUCUCCAGAGGAUGUCGCGCUGGCGAUACAACACAAGGUGGAUGGCAUCAUGAUCUCUAAUCAUGGUGGUCGUCAGCUUGAUGGUGUUCCUGCAACGCUUGAUAGUCUCCGAGAUUGUGCCCCUGUCGCAAGAGGCAAGAUACCGAUAGCGUUCGACGGUGGCGUUAGAAGGGGUAGUGACAUCUUUAAAGCAUUGGCACUGGGAGCAGAUUUUGUGUUUAUGGGAAGAGUGCCGAUCUGGGGUCUUGCUUAUAAGGGCCAACAGGGCGUCGAACUUGCAGUCAAGAUUUUGAUGGCUGAACUGCGAAUGACCAUGGCAUUGGCUGGGCAAGUCUAUGUGUAAUGACACUCAGUCACGAUCGUGCUAACUCUGAUAAAGAUGUCGGACGGUGAAGGAAAUCAACCGAGGUCAUUUGGCAGUGCUGAAGGGUGAUGGCGUGCUUUGCAAAUUGUGAAGAGGAUAUUCUGGAUCUGGUGACCAAUUUGCAUGCGCAAUGUUUUUGACUACAGUUUACAACUUGCGGCAACAUCUUUCGAGCCAGACCCAAGGGAAGUUUACGAGGCUGGCCAUCUGAUAGAGAGGUAAAGUUUCUCCAAGCUCUUACCUAAGACGUAUCAUAUCGAGACAUACUGUAGUCAGGACUUGCUCCCGAGAAACUCAGGAUAAGGAAACGAAAUCCGACCGAG